CGAUAUUCAAUUAGGGUUUCAAGAUCUACAUCUUCUUCUUUCUUCAUUUUCUCUUCCCCCGCAGCUACGAAUACUAAUUCACCUCAAAAUGGUGCAACGACUAACCUACAGAAAGCGCCACAGCUAUGCCACUAAAUCCAAUCAGCAUCGCGUCGUCAAGACUCCCGGGGGGAAGCUAGUGUACCAGACCACGAAGAAGAGGGCAAGCGGCCCUAAGUGCCCUGUCACUGGAAAGAGAAUCCAAGGGAUUCCUCACUUGAGACCUGCUGAGUACAAGAGGUCUAGACUAUCCAGAAACAGGAGGACUGUGAACCGUGCCUAUGGUGGAGUGUUGUCUGGUGGUGCUGUGAGAGAAAGGAUCAUUAGAGCUUUCUUGGUGGAAGAACAAAAGAUCGUUAAAAAGGUAUUGAAGAUACAGAAGACAAAGGAAAAGGCUGCUGGCAAGAGUUAAGUGUGAGUUAUGUGCUGAGUUAGUUUUUGAUACGAGUAGCCUACAGGAAUCAUGAUCUGUAUUUUUCAUUGGGUUCUGUUUGAAUAUCACCUCUAGUAAUUCAUUUUGAAUUUCCUUUAUGUCACUUGAGUUAAUAUGUGAUUCGUGGUUGUUUA